UAUAAAUAGACGAGUCGGCGUUGUCUGUGUUCAGUGCAAGCAGGUCUGUCAACGAUCAUCGAUCAAAUCAAGCCCAACCAGUCACAAUCAACAUGAAGUUCUUGCUCCUGAGUGUCUUCCUUUGCCUUGCCGUGUGCCUGGUUCUCACCAACGCUGCGCCCCGAGAGGAGGCUGUGCCCGAGGGUCUGGAAGGACCUGGCAGUGAAUCCGUCAACCCAUCGGACGACCAAUCCUUCCUGCUCAAGCUGAAGCUGCUUAAGAAACUCCUCUUCCUGGGUUAGACUUGGCACACUGGAUUAAGCCGGGCUUCUCGAGCACGGAUGUUUAGAUUAACUAUGUGUUUAGACUUUUAAGAAAAAAACAAAAGACAGAAAAACAUGAAAUGAAUUAAAAAUACUUUUUUGGUCAAAGAAUCAUAA